GUGGAGCCGAGGCGCGGCGCGUUCCGGGCCGGGCUCCUCAGGAGCGGGCUGGAAGGUGCGGCUCCCGGCCGAGACACGUCGUGCUUUCCGGGUUAGGGAAGUGGCGGAGCCGGAGGCCCCUCUGCAGCGCGGGACCGAGCUCGCCACGCAGGCGCCCGCGCCCCCGCCGCCAUUGUUGCCCCGGGCCUCUCGGGCCGCUCGGGCUGCGCGUCCGCAGGGUCCCCGCGACAGGGUCUCUUAGCCAUCCCUGCAAGUUCUGAGCUCUGAAUUUGUAACUAAGGCUGCUGACUACCUUGACCUUGUUCUGCCCCUGGCUGUAGCAGUCCUUGGUAGAAUCAUGAGACUUCAAGCAGUUGGCUCACUACUGGAGAAAUAAAGGAUUCUGCCCGAUUGCCUCUCCCGUCUGUAGCCAUGUUCUCCCCGUGCAAGAGGAUGACCAGUUCUGCACGCUCCCAAACCCUUCUCAUGUGGAAGCCAGACAGGGCUCAGAGUGGACUCCACAAUGUGGAGAAGGGAACCCACGCGUUGAGACUCUUGCGUGACACAGAGACCUGUCGACAGAAUUUUAGGAAUUUCCCAUAUCCAGACCUAGCGGGUCCUCGAAAGGCAUUGACUCGCCUCCGAGAGCUCUGCCUUAAGUGGCUGAGACCUGAGAUUCGCUCAAAGGAACAAAUCCUGGAGCUGCUGGUGCUCGAGCAGUUCCUGACCAUCCUGCCCGGGGAGGUCAGGACGUGGGUGAAGUCCCAGUACCCAGAGAGCAGCGAGGAGGUGGUGACUCUGGUGGAGGAUUUGACUCAGAUUCUGGAAGAGGAAGCUGCUCCUCAGAAUCCUGGCCUUCCUCAGGAGACCCCCGAGGAAGACCCCAAAGGAAGACCUGCUUUCCAGUCAGGAUGGUUAAAUGACUUGGUGACCAAAGAAUCCAUGACCUUCAAAGACGUGGCUGUGGACAUCACGCAGGAGGACUGGGAGAUGAUGCGUCCCGUGCAGAAGGAAUUGUACAAGACUGUGACGUUGCAGAACUACUGGAACAUGGUUUCUCUGGGACUGACAGUGUACCGACCAACCGUGAUUCCCAUGUUGGAAGAGCCAUGGAUGGUGAUAAAGGAAAUCUUAGAAGGCCCUAGUCCAGAAUGGAAAACAGAAGCCCAAGAGUGUACUCCAGUGACCAAUACUUCUAAACUUACAAAGACUGGUACUCAGACCAUCAAGUUAGAGGAACCAGAUGACUAUGAAGACAGACUAGAGAGACAAGCAGCAAAUCCCUUCAGGAAAGUUUCCACUCGGGAAAGAAUUUUCCCUUUGCAGUCCAUCCUCUCACAAGAAGAUGACCCUAUGGAAGAGUGUCUUAGUAAAUAUGAUAUAUAUAGAAAUAAUUUUGAAAAGCAUUCAAACCUAAUUAUUCAUUUUGGUACCCAAACAGAUAAUAAAACUAUGUGUGAUGAAGGCAGGGCGACCUUCAGUCAUGUCUCAUGCGGUCUCGUACAUAGAAAGAUAUACCCUGGAGAGAAGCCUUAUAAAUGUAACGUGUGUGGGAAGAAGUUUAGGAAAAACCCAUCCUUCGUGAAACACCAAAGUACCCAUGCCAAAGAAAAAUCUCAUGAAUGUGAAGAAUGUGGGAAAGAGUUUAGGCAUGUCUCAUCCCUUAUUGCACAUCAGAGAAUGCAUACUGGAGAAAAACCAUAUGAAUGCCACCAGUGUGGUAAAGCCUUCAGCCAGCGCGCACACCUGACCAUACACCAGAGAAUUCACACUGGAGAGAAGCCCUAUAAGUGUGAUGACUGCGGAAAAGACUUCAGUCAGCGCGCACACCUCACGAUACAUCAAAGGACACAUACUGGAGAGAAACCCUACAGAUGCUUGGAGUGUGGUAAAACCUUCAGCCACAGUUCAUCACUGAUUAAUCAUCAGCGAGUUCACACGGGUGAAAAACCUUACAUAUGCAACGAGUGUGGGAAAACUUUCAGUCAGAGUACACACCUUCUUCAGCAUCAAAAAAUACAUACCGGAAAGAAACCAUAUAAAUGCAAUGAGUGUUGGAAAGUGUUUAGUCAGAGUACUUACCUUAUUCGACAUCAGAGAAUUCAUUCUGGAGAGAAGUGCUACAAAUGUAAUGAAUGCGGAAAAGCCUUUGCUCAUUCCUCGACUCUCAUUCAACAUCAGACUACUCACACUGGAGAGAAAUCGUAUGUGUGUAAAAUAUGUGGAAAAGCCUUCAGCCAGAGUGCAAACCUCACUCAGCACCACAGAACACACACUGGGGAGAAACCAUAUAAAUGCAGCGUGUGUGGAAAAGCCUUCAGCCAGAGUGUGCACCUCACUCAGCAUCAAAGAAUUCACAAUGGAGAAAAACCCUUCAAAUGCAACCUAUGUGGGAAAGCGUAUAGACAGGGAGCCAAUCUCACUCAGCAUCAGAGGAUUCAUACCGGAGAGAAGCCGUAUAAGUGUAACGAAUGUGGGAAAGCUUUUAUUUAUUCCUCUUCACUUAACCAGCAUCAGAGAACUCAUACUGGAGAAAGACCCUAUAAAUGUAAUGAAUGUGAUAAAGACUUUAGCCAGAGAACAUGCCUUAUUCAACACCAGAGAAUUCACACAGGAGAGAAGCCCUAUGCAUGCCGUAUAUGUGGUAAAACCUUCACCCAGAGUACAAACCUGAUUCAGCAUCAGCGCGUUCAUACAGGUGCCAAACAUCAUAAUUAACGGAUGUGGUAGAUGACUUCACUUCGCUUUUACAGUUCAUCCAAAUUUUACUUUGUACUCCGUUAAAACAUUAUUCAAAAGAAGUGCAAUAUAUGUUAGCUAUCACUCAACAGAAGUAUCAGAAUUGGUAAUGUGGAUAUAAGCUAUUUACAUUUAAUGUGACAUUUAAAAGAAAACUAUUCACUUCUUAACCUUUAUUUGAUACCAGUUCCAAUUCAUUCCAGAAAGAAACCCUGGAAAAGUGAGAGUACUCAAAAAUCUGUAACUCGCCAACUCUUAGUGUAUUUCAAGUACUUCCUAAUGAGACCUUCUGAAUGUAACUUGGGAAGGCUUCCAUCAAGUAGGGAUUUCACACUAUCUUGGGAUAAUUGAAAAAGAUGCUUUCAGGCCUUUUAUUACUUCCCAGCCUUGAAGCCUUAAAUACAUAAAGGGUUCCCUUCCCUUUUCCUGUUAUGCCAUAACUGUCUCGUGGAGCCAGUAGGUUUAGGUUUGCAAAAUAUAUAUAUAGUGGGAGAUAUCAUAGUUUCUAUGUGACAACUGUUUAAUUAUAUUUUCUUUUAACUAUUGAAAUAUUCAAGGAAGAGAAGUUUAAUGAAUGAUGAUCUCUUAGGACAGCUAAUGGAUAUAUAACCCUUAGACAUGUACAGAUUAAUGUGAAACAGGCAAAAAUUAAACAUCAUCCUUAGAUUCAUCUUUAAAACAUAUGAGCCUUAGUUUCACUAGGUUUUGACAUCUGUCCUCCUACAGGAAAAAAAUAAGAAUAAGGUUACAUUCUUUUUUCACCUGACUCCUAAAUUCAGAACUUGAAGUUCCCUUGUGGUUAUUUUGCCAUAGAAAGUCCAUUUCCACUGAGACCCAUUUCUUGAGUGCCUACUGUGCUCAGGGCCCAGACUUCCUAAUUGGAUCUUUUCAGGGCUUCUUAUCGUGCUGAAAACCACAGCCGAUUAAACAACAGAAAGCUUACUAGAAUAGUGAAAUGUGACAAAGGACAUGAUCUUAACUAUUAAGUACUGUCCCAGAAUGACCUACGAAGCCUACUAAAAUGGGUUGGCAAAUGCAAUCCCAUAUCCCAAGACAAAGAAGUAGUGAAAGCAGCUAUUUACAUAGAGUGAGGGAAAAGUAAUGGAAAAUAGGUUUCAGUUCACUACAGAAAGUGGGUCAGGGAAGAAAUCAAGGGUGAAGACAGUGAAGAAAGAAUACACAGGUAACUUACAACAUGAACUGUUACUGGACUUGGGUUACCUAAGAAAAUAAGAGUGGCUAAUUGAAUCAGACCAAGUUCAGCCUGUUUAGAAGAAGGAACUAAAACUGAAGCGACUGAUUUUAAAGGAAUAAUUGGAAUCGGUUCUUUUUCAUACAUAUAAAUAAAAUGGGGAUUACUCUUAAAAUGUCAGAAAACAAAUUUAGUGGGAAAAGCAUUGAUGAGAGACUGUCAUUGAUGCAAUAAUCAUUAAAAUAUUAGCUAAAUUUGUGGGCUCCUAACCACCAUAAAAGGAAAACAGGCAGCAAUGCAAACAGAAAUAGGUAAAAAUACUAUUGUAUUUAAUAUCCACAGCAUUCCACUAUCAGAAUAUGAGACCAUAUUCUGAGAGCUGAGACUUCAUCUUGCUCUUAAUUCGUUUCUUCAGUGCCUUGCGUAUAGGUUGUGGCCAAUAUAUGUCAGUUGAAUUAAGCAGGUAAGUUAGAGUUCAGUAAUAAGGUAGAAUUAACGGAUAUGGAGUGAAGUUGCUUCAAUUUAAAGUACUUUUUUGUGCAUAUGUGCAAAGAAAUACUUAACAAAUACUGGUCAUUCACUGAGUAAUAGGAACUACUUAAAAUUGAAGAGUCAAUUCCGCAUCUUAACAGUGGGGAUGCUCCUGUAGAAACCGUGGGGCAUCUUUGUGCAAGAAGUUUUCCUGAGCUCCAUGGAGCAAAAUUGAUGCAAAUUCUUGUGCCAUAAAUACCAUUUUAAGCAUAUGAUUGACCGUUGCAGUUUCAUUUGGAUGUUACUGUUGACAGAAAACACCCUCCAGACAGGUGCCGUAGAAAAGACCCGGAGGCUGGCAUCUUCCAGAAGCUCCUGCUCUCCUGUCCUCACCUCGGCUGACCCUGCUGUCGUGGGAUCAGCCUUCACAAAGCAGAGAUCGUCCAGGUUGCGUAAUUACUCAAGUUAUGCUUAUGCCAUAGUUGGCAGCCAUGUUAGAAAUAACUGUUGUACUUAGAUGCAGUUUCUAUCUAUAACGCCACUUACAUCACGCUCGGUUUCCCCUCCUGGCAUGGAUGUGUGGGGUGUUCCGGUCCAUAGCGCCUCUCUUCGCUUUAAUUUGUAGUUCCUGCCUUUGUGAGUUUUCUGUAAAUAAUGGAUUUAUGAAGUCUUCUGCUGAUGCACUGAGGCAAUGGACGCCCGCAGACAAUGACAGAAUAGUGGAGAGCCCUGGGUCUUUGUGUAUUUUUCCCACUUUUUACAGUUGUCUGAUCCACAUGUAAUUCAAGGGGUUUUUUAGCAGAUAGUCUUAUUUUCCACAACUUUUUGUUACAAACCUGUUGAAAUAUACAGAAAAGUUAAUAAUAAAAUAAACUGUAUAUAUCUGCCACCUA